CGUCUGUUUCAAGAUAAACUCAGUAAAAGUAAUCCUAAAAUUCGUCCAGUCUGGAAUCAAAGUAGAGCUGUGAACAUUUCAUUUGAAAUAUAUAUUGUGGCUAUGACAGAUUUGAAUGAAAUACAGCAGAAAGUUGAAGCAACUGUUUGGCUGUCGGUACAAUGGCAGAAUGAAUUGAUAAUGUGGAACAAAACAGAUUAUGGGGAUUUAGAAGUUGUCUACCCUAAUCCCGAUACCAUGUGGCGACCAGACCUGGCUAUCUCUAACGGCUACGAUGAGCUCAAUCCAAUUGGUAUCGACUUUGUUAUAAUGAAGGUAUUCCAUGAUGGCUCCACCAUCUGGAUGCCAGGCCAGAAGAUCGAGUUCCUGUGUAGUAUUGACGUCAGCAAGUUUCCGUUUGAUACCCAACACUGUUUUAUUGAAUUCUUUAAUUGGGGUGGCACUCUUGAGGAGUCUACUCUGUAUCACUCUUCAGUACCACAGAUGACCUCUGUGAAAGCCUUACAUCCUAAUUCUGAGUGGGAGAUUAUUGGUGAGUGGUAUGAGAAUAAAGAUGACAAGACUAAUCACGAUAAGGUUAGAGUUCACCUGACGAUGAAAAGAAAAUCCACCAGUUUGGUACUCAGCAUCUUGCUACCCGUGAUCUUACUUGCAUUCUUGAACGUCUUUGUGUUCCUUCUGCCUACCGAAUCAGGUGAAAAACUCUCCUUUGCCGUAACGGUUCUGCUUUCCCAAGCCGUGUUUCUCAGCUUCAUUUCUUCAAUGAUGCCCCAAACAUCCGACUCCAUCUCCGGAUUGUCAAUUUACAUCGCAACACAGCUGGUUUUGAGCACCCUUUAUGUUCUUCUUACUUGCUGGAUUCUCCGUCUGUAUCACCGCGAUACUAAACGAAGGCCACUUCCGUCUUGG